GAUCAACAUGCACUUAAUUGGACACAUUAAACCUUAUCCCCGUAGAGGUAGCAUAUGUGUAUCUGUGAAAACUUUAACGUUUAAUCUCAACAUGGAUCAGUAGUAGUGACGUAUUUCCGCUUCCGGUAAAUGGGCGUCAACAAAAGACGGUCUGAUAGCCGCGUGCAUUCCCGCGCCGUCUUUCGCGGAAAAAACACUACAUUUUGCGUGUUUGUUUAGACGCUUUACCGCCGAUUUCAAAUGGAGACGCUAAACCAGCUCAUGUUGGAGUAUCCGGGCUUAAUGUACAGUGGAGUCGGCGCCACAGCGUUUGUAGCCGGUGGAGCGCUGAUUUACAAAUUUGCCACCAGAAAGAAGCCUAUAUAUGCAAAUGUGAACUGCUGGUUCUGCAACAAGAACACAGUGGUCCCUUAUGGAAACAGGAACUGCUGGGACUGUCCCUAUUGUGACCAAUACAAUGGCUUCCAGGAGAAUGGAGACUACAAUAAACCCAUCCCAGCUCAGUACAAUGAACAUUUGAACCAUGGAGUAUCUGGUAGCAUUCCCACAUCUGAAGCACCCAAGACGCUGCAGUGGGUCAACUGUCAAAUGCUGCUAUGCAGAAAGUGCAACAACAACCAAACGAAAAAGAUCAAGCAGUUGGCUUCAUUUAUUCCGAGAGAUGAUGAGAGCUAUGAUGAGGAAAUUGAAGCCUAUAAGCACCACCUGGAACAGACCUAUAAGUUAUGCCGGCCGUGUCAGGCAGCUGUGGAGUAUUACAUUAAAUAUCAGAAUCGUCAGCUCCGGCCUGUGCUCCUAAAUCAUCAGCUUCACCGCAGCAGAGAAUCAUCAAAGGCUUUCGUAAAGAGCUCCUAUUCGACAUCGUCUCCCACUGGAGUCAUACUGUUGCGGUUCAUCACCUUCCUGAUAUGUGCUUUCCUACUUGCUGCAUCUUUCUAUGAAGUGGGGGGCCAGGCUGCUUCACCAAGUGGACCACAGACGUUGAGUGGUGGAAUCGUUCCUCCAAAGCCUAAGCCCUACAAUGAAUCCACCCCCGAGGAUGAAAGCGUCAGAGCUGUGCCUUUCUGGCAGAGUUUGCUGGAUCUCAUUCCAGAUGAGAUCAUAGAAAAAGCCAAGAUAGCGUUGCAGUACGGAAGAGACAGUCAGAUGGCUGUUGUCUCUGUCGGUCUGGUGACUUGUCUUACAGCUAUCUUCUUAGCAGGACCUGCCAGGUUGAGGAGAAUUGAUGCUGUGGCCUCUGUUCUGUGGUUCUUCAUCCUGUGUCUCUACCUGGCUGAGAGCUUCUUAACGGUUGCUUCAGACUGGAUUGACACGGCCAAACUCAGUGGCAUCUCCUUCUGUUGCCUUGUGAGCUUUGCUGCUGCCGUGGCAACUCGCAAACCCCUGGGUCUACGAAGAGCCAGAUAUCGAAGAUACCUUGCAGACAGCUUCAGCCCCCAGCCUCCUUUGCUCUCCCCUGACCAGACAGACUCCUUUGUCCUCACCCCACCCCCCAACAUCUCCAAGCUCAUUAACCACCACCAACAGAGCCCCCGCGAGAGCAAGGCCUCCCUGUCAACUCUGCCGGGUCGCCUCAACAGAGCCCUGAGCCUCGGUACCAUCCCAUCCCUGACUCGGACAGAUGCUGGUUCCCUGUUCAGUGGAAGCAGAGCACCGUCCCUCUACAAAGACUCUCCACCUUCAGACUACUUUUCCCUCAUAUCUGGAAGCCGCCCGUCCUCUCCAGGCCCCUCCCCGACCCCAUCAGUGGCCGGAUCCGUCACAUCCAGCUCCGGUUCUGCCAGACACCGGCGUCCUCUCAUCAGCCCUGCCCGCCUCAACAUCAGUGGGCAAAAACUCCUGAAAACCAGGCUUUUCUCCACUGAGCCCGAGUCAACAGUCAGGACUCCGCCCAUGUCCCCGUCACAUUUCCACGUGGAGCUGACGUCUUCUGUGAGCAGGGGCUUCUUCGCUCCUGACUCAUCACUCUUCCACAGCCAAAACGAUUUGACUUCUUUAUUCAGAGACGGCAGUGUGAUUGAGGAAGAAGAGAAACGAAGCAACUCCUCAGAUUCCUCUGCUUGUCUGGUUGGUACAACGACACCGGUACCAGAGAGCCCGCCUCCCCGAAAAGGUUUUGGGAAGCGUCUCUUCUGGCCGGGCCUUUUAUUACUGAGUAUCACUGCCAACAUCAUCUUUGCCUCCCUUUAUCUGUACCAUAACUGCAGAAGACCUGCUGAUGGGUCUGCCUUUCUGUUGUGCUCCGAGUAAGUCGACCUCUGACCCCUGUCGAACCAGUCUUAUCCCUAGGCUCGGGUGUCAUUUAGCAGCUGCUGGAAACAUCAGCGCUCCAGGAGUUCCUUAUGUUUUACUGAGGAUCAUUAAAUACUGAUGUCGGAUUACAGAUGUUUUUCCACUUGUUGUUUGGAGAGAACUGGACGGUGGAAAUGUCUGGUAUGACAUUAGGAUCGGUAGAUGUUAACGGCUUAAAAACACAUUGGUUUUGUGUUGUGGUCUGGUCGGUUUGUCACUGUUUCUCUUACAUGAACAGUUGCACAUGUAUUUGAUGUCAGAAGCUCACAUUAAGGCUUGGAGCUACUUAAAAAAAAACAUGCUGUGAAAUAGGGAUGGGUGAUAGGGCCGUGGUAGGAUGACAAUAGAGUAAACGAUCUGGUAAACGAUGAGGGAAUGCAUUAAAACAACACCACUUUACUGUAUAUGUAUGGAACUUCUAUACCAAUAAAUACAUGAGGCAACACCAGACCUGUAAACUGACAUUAUGGGUGCUUUAAAGGUAAAAUAUGUAACAUUUUUACACCAAAAACACUCUGUAGAGAUGUACAAUAUUCCCACUCAGUCAUGACUCAUGACCUUCACAGACUCUCCUCUUUUCUUCCCACCUCCGUCCCACCCACUGUUUUUUAGAUGCAAUUCGAGAACCAGACACGAGGAGUUUGGAGUCGAGGCAACAGACAUUUAUCAAAAUGAGACGUCCUUGCCUCAUUCUAAAUAAGUGUCAGUAGAAUAUGGCUUGUGGAACAGAUGUGAAAUGUAAUUUAGCAACAGUGUGCUUUCUGUAUUUUCUCUGAAGUGAGUUUUCAGGUGAACAUUUAAAGUUCACAACGUGGUAACAGUCCAGUGGGCUGUGUAGGGAGGUAAUACUGGCUGAUUAAACCUGUGGAAACCCAAGUUUAAUCAACCAUUAGAACACUUGAAGUGACUCACCCCAUUUCUGAAUAAGGAGAACAUUACUUUAAAAGACCUGCUCUUGUUGUGGCUCUGGAUCCUCACUGUCAUCCUUGAUCUUGUCUCCUUAAUGUGCAUUUUACGCAGUCGAGUUUUCAAGUUGCAAACAAAAGGCACAGCACAGGGAAAUGCAGACAGAUGGCUUCUCCUCUUCUUUGCUUAUUGGUUGUCUUUGAGUCUCAGUGUAUGAAUGAGCGAAUGGAAAAUCUAAAAUCAUAGUGACUUCUAGAGAUGGCAAAAAUAUGCCCCCCCCCCCCCCUCCAUUGACGAAAUAAUUUGUUUACUAAAAGUGUAUCCUCCUGAGACUCAGUAAAGUCAGAGUUUUGGUCUUCUAGCUUUAAAAAAUUGUCUUCAUUGGAAAAAGCAUAAUGCAGUUUUUUCAGAUACAUUUUAUUAAUCUUUUUUUUUUUUUA